AGUUAUUCGCUGAGUGAUUUUCUUAUUACUUUACACAGGUUGUUCAUGAGGAAUUUGGUAUUCUUGAAGGUUUAAUGACAACUGUUCAUGCAACUACAGCAACACAGAGGACUGUUGAUGGCCCAUCAAUGAAGGAUUGGAGAGGAGGCCGUGGAGCUGGAAAAAAUAUCAUUCCUAGUUCUACUGGUGCUGCAAAGGCUGUUGAAAAGGUUCUCCCAGAACUUAAUGGAAAACUUACUGGAAUGGCCUUCCGUGUUCCAACUCCUAAUGUCUCAGUGGUGGACCUAACUUGUCGAAUUGAGAAGAGUGCUUCCUAUGAAGAUGUCAAGGCAGCCAUAAAGUAUGCAUCAGAGGGACCACUUAAAGGCAUUCUUGGGUACACAGAUGAAGACGUUGUCUCCAAUGAUUUUGUUGGUGACACAAGGUAUAAUUUCUUUGAUGUGUAUUUUUAAUACAUUUUAAUUACAAUGAUGGAACUAUUGGCAAUGUCAUGCGUAAGAAGUCUGUUUUCAUCUUGCUAAUAUUCUCUUAACUAGUUUUUUUUAAAUAGCCCAGAAAAAUCCAUUGAAAAAAACAAGAUCAUAUUGGGGAAACUAAUAGUAGUUAUGUUGUUAUCUGUUAAAAUCUGUUUUUUAACAUUUGGAUGAUGUAAUUUUUCUAAGCAUAUCCUCUACCUUUACCAUAAUACCUUGUACAACUUGCUUUCCUUUAAUUGCUUACCAAUGGUUAAUUUUGUGGUCUUGCCAAUCAACUAUCUCCCUCUCUUGGUUCUAUAUCCUUUCAUUUCAUUCUUGUCAAUUCAUCUCAUCAAAAGUGAUAACUUUCUGUGUGUGU